AUGAGUAGAGCUAGUAAAAUUACACUAGGCUUGUCGUGCUUAGCCACAGCCGCAACGGUCGUGGGUGUUCAUUACGUGCAAGAACUAGAAAGAGACACUUUGCAUCAGGGACCCAUCAAGGAUGCAAAGCGGAUAGCCGAAAGGAAGGCUGGUGGUUUGGACCCUGAAAAAGAGAAAAAACUAAUGUUCAACAAAGCAGACCACGAAAUGCAACAAGAACUUCGCAAAAAAUACGAAUCAAUGCAACCAUUGUCUGGCGAGGUUUUGACCACUGGCGGGAAGGAAGUAAAGUGA